AGAGUUGUCUCCUUGGUGAGCAGUCCCAAGUUAAGCUUAGGAGCUCCUCUCCUUCUUCUUCACCCUCCUCCCCCCACUCCGCCAAAUCCGCCAUUACUUCACCUGCAAACUCCAUCUUCGACGGAAAUUUCGAGAGACCCAGUACCAGAAUUUGACCCCAUUCUCUCUCUUUCUCUCUCUUCAUGCCCAACAUUUCUCUCUCCUCUGCCUCUGAAAUUUGAUGGACUCCCUCAUUCCCUUCCAAGACCUCAACCUCCUCCCUGACCCUCCCAUCUCCUCCUCCUCCACCGCCGCCACUCACCUCGUGACCCCCAAAAUCGAGCCCAAGACCGAGCCAUUCGACGAGCCACCGCCUCCACCGGCCCCCACCCAACAACCUCAGCCACCUCAUCUUCAACCUCAGCAGCAAGAACCCCAGCAUUUUGCCGAGGAGUCCCCCUCGCCGCCCGGGGAAGACAGCCUCUACACCGAGUUCCACCGCGUCUCCGAGCUCUUCCGUACUGCCUUCGCCAAGGGCCACCGCAGGUACGGCGACGUCGACGGGGUUGAUCCCGAUUCCCGGGCCAUCGUCCCCUUCAAUCCCGAGGAGACCAGUCAGCUUGCCACCGUAGUCAAGCCGAGGAUCAGCUACAAGCGCUCCUCGGAGCUCGUCAGGGUGACCGAUCUCGGGCUCGAAGACGAGAGGUAUUUCCGCGAUCUGGUUCGCCGGACCCGCAUGACGUUCGACGGGGUGCGCAUUCUCUCGAUGGCCGACGGAAGCAGCGGUAAGAGAGUGCGAGGCGAUUUGAUCGCUGCUUCUCUUAUGAGGAAUCGCGGGUUGUGGCUAAAUCGUGACAAAAGGAUAGUUGGGUCAAUCCCUGGGAUUUGUGUGGGCGACAUCUUCUUUUAUAGGAUGGAGCUGGUGGUGGUCGGAUUACAUGGUCAGACUCAAGCUGGUAUCGAUUACUUGCCGGCUAGUCAGAGCUCCAAUGGUGAGCCGAUCGCCACCAGUGUUAUUGUAUCGGGUGGGUAUGAGGAUGAUGAGGAUAGUGGUGAUGUGAUUAUAUACACUGGUCAUGGAGGGCAAGAUAAGUUCAGCAGGCAAUGUGUGCACCAGAAGUUGGAAGGCGGAAAUCUGGCGCUGGAGAGGAGCAUGCGCUAUGGAAUCGAGUUGAGGGUCAUUAGAGGGAUUAGAUAUGAAGGCGGGAUAACGAGCAAGGUUUAUGUUUAUGACGGGUUGUAUAGGAUUAUGGAUUGUUGGUUUGAUGUGGGUAAAUCCGGUUUCGGUGUUUUCAAGUACAAGCUGGUGAGAAUCGAGGGGCAACCAGAAAUGGGUAGUGUGACGAUGAGGCUUGCUAAGAGUCUUAGGAGUAGUCCAUUGUCAGUAAGGCCGGCUGGGUACUUGAGUCUUGAUAUGUCCAUGAAGAAGGAGAAUGUACCGGUGCUUCUAUUCAAUGAUAUCGACACUGAUAAUGAGCCGCUGUAUUAUGAUUAUCUAGUCAGGUCUGUGUACCCCCCUUUUGUUCUCCACCAGAAUCGGAAUGCUACCGGGUGUGAAUGCAUAUCCGGUUGCGCAGAAGGUUGCUUUUGUUUUUUGAAGAAUGGGGGUGAGUUUCUUUAUGAUCAAAAUGGGCUUCUUUUGAAAGGGAAGCCGAUUAUUUUCGAGUGUGGAGCCUUCUGCAAGUGCCCACCAGCCUGUCGGAAUCGAGCGACUCAAAGAGGGUUGAAGCAUAGGUUUGAGAUAUUUAGGUCGAGAGAGACGGGUUGGGGUGUGAGGUCCUUGGAUUUGAUACAAGCCGGUGCUUUCGUUUGCGAAUAUGCAGGGGUUGUGCUCACCAGAGACCAAGCCCAAAUUUUCACAAUGAAUGGUGAUACACUUAUUUAUCCCAGUAGGUUUCCUGCGAAAUGGGAAGAAUGGGGUGACUUAUCGCAGAUUUUUCCUUCCUAUGUACGCUCUUUAUACCCCUCAGCUCCUCCUCUGGAUUUCGCAAUGGAUGUGUCUAAAAUGAGGAAUGUUGCUUGUUACAUUAGCCACAGCACCAAGCCCAAUGUACUUGUGCAGCGUGUUCUAUAUGAUCACAACAAUAUCUCCUUCCCUCACCUAAUGUUGUUUGCGAUGGAAAAUAUUCCUCCUUUGGCAGAGCUUAGCCUGGAUUAUGGAGUGUCUGAUGAAUGGACGGGAAAGCCUCUGCUGUUGACUGAAGGAUCUGGGUGAUCUAAGUGGAAUUAGGAUAUUUUAACAUGUACAUAGGUUUUGGAGGAUUUAUGCAUACAUCAGCGCAGCAGCACAGUUCUGAGGCUCUUACUCAGUGAGACCUGGCUCUCCAGUUUUGCCGCAGACAAUACUCGCUGUGGAAACAAAGUCGCAGAAGUCGAAAACUAAAGAAAAAGGACUCCCUGCGAUAUACACAUUCUCGGGUUUUUGCUGUCCUUUUUUAGUUGCAAGAUCGAAGUCGACACUGGAUUCGCAGAGUAAGAGUUUAUCUUUGGUGGACUGUGGGACCCGGUGCAUCAGGCACGUGCUCUCUCUCGGAUCAAUGUCUGUCUGUACACGUGACUUAGUCGGAUGGUGAUCAGGUACCUGAUGUGCCGUGCUCCAGGUCCGCGCGAAUUUCAGGCGAGGAUGACGAUCUUCUCGUGUUGGGGCUCAGCUUAGGUGUGCUCCUGCUCGAUGGACUUUUUUAACUUGUAGUCUUUUGCGUCUGUUAGUAUGUUGAUAUUUUCUGGUGAACUUUGGGGGGGGAUUAAUCGGUUGCCCUACCAGUUAUAUACUUGUGUGUGUGUAUGUAUGUAUAUAUCUGAAAUAGUAUAUGAUGUACAGUUGUUGCA